UUUAAAGCAGAGGUUACAGAGAACUCGACAAUUAAAAUACCGCGUCUCGCUUGGCACAUGCGCAGAGAGAAGAAAAGUCACUGAGCAGGACAGAAAUACAUCUUCUGUCUCUUAGAUGUUGCUCACACUUUCCACCCAUUGUUUAGAUACGCUAUUCCUCUUCCAUUUACUAUAAGUUCUAUGGUACAGUCAUGAAGACUACCUCAUAAUAAAGUUGAGCCAUAUAUACAAUUAUUUGAGUUUUCUUAUUACAAAGAGAGAGGAACAUCACCUCUCAUUGUGCCACAAGGCAACAAAAGAGAAAAAGCGCGUUCACAUACGCAAAGGGCACCAAGCCUCAUUACUAACAAAUGGUCCUUCGAGCCGGAUUUAACAGGAUAUAACAGGAUAUAAAAGUUACAAAGGAUAAAAAACGUACAGAUACACAAGUAUCGAGGCAUAAAACAAUGCAAAUAGAACAGUGAGUACUUCUAAGUCUUACUUUGAGGUUAAAUUACAAGGUAAGAAGUCUAUCAAAAAAGCAUUGUUAAUUUCGUUCACAAGAGCACAUUGGAUUUGAUAUAAGGGCAAUUGUAGUUAUCGCUGAACAACGGCCAUAUUGCAUUAUUUUUCUGGGUCAAGGUCGUGUUUAGUUUUUUUUUGUCAUGGCAACCUUAAGUUUAACGGAAGCAAAAAACAAGCGAAGGCAAAUAAAGGCAGCGGCUACGCGUAUUAAAAAUUAUAUAGAGAAUUUCAAUGUAGAAGAAGGGUCGCAAUACGAUAUAACUGAGCGCAAGCAAAAAUUAUCCGAUCUUUGGAACCAAUUUGACGAUAUUCAAAGCACAAUAGAAUCGCUUGAAAAUGCCGACAUGUCUAUUGCCGACAAGGAAGCUCUCACUGAGCAGCAACAAAUUCAACGUAUGAGUUUUGAAACAGCAUAUUUUGGGCUUAUGACAAAAUGCGAAUUAAUCCUUGAACAAUUUAACACUCCUAGGGCACAGAACAUAGAGAAUUUACAGGGUACCCACACGGGUAAUAAUAGCAGAGAUUUGCGCAUUCGUCUUCCUAAAAUAAAUUUACCACAUUUUGCAGGCUCAUAUGAAGACUGGUAUACAUAUCAAGAUACGUUUGAAAAAUUAAUCCAUAAUAAUAAUGAUAUCACAGAGAUAGAAAAGUUCCAUUAUCUACGCUCGUCAUUGAGGGAAAAGGCGGCGGAGAUUAUAAAGUCAAUAGAAACCACAACCGAUAAUUAUCAAGAGGCGUGGGAUUCACUAAAGGAACGAUUCGACAAUAAAAGAUGGAUCGUCCAAAAGCAUCUCCGUGCCAUAUUUGAAGCACCUGCUGUCAAUAAGGAGAAUCAUACAGCUCUGCGCGAAUUGUUGGAUGCCAUUCUUAAGCACGUGCGAGCUCUUAGGGCGCUCAAACUGCCAACGGAUUCAUGGGACGCCUUGCUUAUUUAUAUAAUUGUCUCUAAACUGGACGCAGCCACCACUAAGGCCUGGGAAACCAGUCCAAAUUCUGAGCUUCCCGAUCUAAAAAAGCUAACUGAUUUUUUGUCAAAGCGAUGCCAGGCGUUAGAAGCGGUAAAUAGUAAGGCAAAUGUACAAACAAAUAGCUCUGCGCAAAAACAGGUCAGUAAAUAUAAGAACGCGUCAGUGGCAAGCGUUGCUACAACUAAUUUGUCUUGUUCUUUAUGUAAAGAAAAUCAUUACUUAUAUCAUUGCGAAAAGUUUGCUAAGUUGCCUGUAGAUGAGAGAAUUAAGCACAUAAAAAAGUGUCACAUCUGUAUUAAUUGCUUAAGAUCGUCUUCGCAUCAAGCGAAAGCAUGUCAUUCGGGUCCAUGUCGUAAAUGUCAUAAAAAGCAUAAUACUAUGUUACAUUUAUCGACGACAGACGAGUCAAAUCAAGCUUUAAAUUCAAGUGCAAAUUCAACGCGAGUAGAUAGCUCUCAGCUUCCUGUUUCUACGCAAUGCGUAGCAAGUUACCUCUCUUCAAGUAUUUUAUUAUCCACAGCUGUUAUUCACAUAUAUGACUCCAACAAUCAGGCAUAUCCAUGUCGAGCUUUGCUUGACAGCGGUUCGCAAAUGAAUUUCAUAACUAAGGAGCUUGCUGAUAAAUUGCAGCUUGAGGAGAGAUCACUUCAAGUUUCAGUAUCAGGAGUAAUGGAGGGAGUAAUUCAUGCUAAAAGAACAAUCACUGUAUGCAUUAAGUCACGUUUCAAUAACUUCCGAGAAAAGUUAGAAUGUGUCGUGUUACCAACCAUUACUCAGCGUUUACCACAACAGGUCAUACCUAUCCAAAAUGUAGCCAUUCCAAAAAAUAUAAGGUCAAAUUAAGCAAGCAAAGUCGCAGCCCAUUUUGCAAAAAACACAUUUUGGUUGAGUUAUCUCCGGUCCCAUAACAAAUGUUAAAGCUAGAUCAAUCCAUGUCAGUAAUUUUCACGUAACUUUACUAGACAAUUUAAACUACAUGUUGAAGCGGUUCUGGGAAAUAGAGCAUAAUAUUGAGGAACCUCAAUUGUCUGAAGAAGAGAAAGCAUGCAAAAGGAUUUUCUUAGAAAACGUAAAGCGGAAUGAAGAAGGAAGAUUCGUUGUAACAUUGCCAGUAAAGCAAGAUAAACUAACCAACUUGGGCGAAUCUCGUGAGAUAGCUAUGCGACGCUUCAAGGCACUUGAAUCCAGGUUGAUAUCUCAGCCAACUCUCUACAAGGAAUACAAGUCUUUCAUGCAUGAAUACGACUCACUUGGGCAUAUGCGUGAACUAAUCAAUGAUCAGAUAUCAAAUCCAAGGAUUACAUCAUUUUAUCUACCGCAUCACGCGGUGAGAAACGAAGCAAGUACCACGACCAAAGUCAGGGUUGUAUUCGACGGAUCCUGCAAAACUACCACGGGUAUUUCACUAAACGAUACCUUGAUGGUCGGUCCUACACUACAGGAAGAUCUUUUUGCAAUUCUAACGAAAUAUCGCACCUUUAAGAUAGCAUUAUCAGCUGACGUAAGCAAAAUGUACAGGCAAGUCUUAGUAGAUCCAAGUCAGACAGCCUUGCAGCGCAUUCUAUGGCGCAAUUCUGAUGACGAACCUAUAAGAACACUCGAAUUACUAACAGUUACUUACGGAACAGCAUCAGCGUCAUUUCUGGCGAUCAGAUCUUUAAGGAAACUUGCUGAAGAGCAUUCUGAGCAAUAUCCACUAGCCUCCAAGAUAGUCUUGAGAGAUUUCUACGUCGACGACCUGGUGUCAGGCGCAGAUACAUUACAGGAAGCAUUACAAAUCAAAAGUGACUUGAUGCAGCUUUUACAAACUGGAAAAUUUGAAUUGCGAAAAUGGGCUUCCAAUGAGCCUGCUUUAAGAGAUAAUCAAGAUACACUUGGUCAUAGGGAAUUUAUCCUUGCAAACGACAAGAAUUGUGAAAGAAGAACUUUAGGCAUAGUCUGGGAUUGCAGUUCAGAUUCUUUCAAAUUCCCCAGUAUUGCUUCUCUUCCGCCAAUAGAGAAACCUACUAAGAGAAGCAUCUUAUCACGCAUUGCACUA